AAUGCCUCCACCCACAUGAGCUGUCCAUGGCCUGAGAUUCACCGCUGGUCUGGGGCUCUGCUCUGCAUUCCUGCCUGGACAGAGAUGAGAGCAGCUCAGCUGCGAGAAAAGACCAGCGCUCUUGACUUGUAAGGGCUCCUGAGGAAACAUCAGGGCAAGGAAAUGGAAAACUUGAGACUUCUCUCCAGCGCCUACAAAGUUACCACGACUCUACUUUUAACGGUUCUGGGCUGUGUCAGUUGUCUGCCUCUUGAUGAUGAUUCAGUUUGUACAGCAGAAGAACUCGCAAAGUACAGCAUCGUCUUCACAGGGAAAUGGAGCCAAGUAGCGUUCCCUAAGCAGUACCCGCUGUAUAGGCCUCCAGCGCAGUGGUCUCCGCUUUUGGGCGUGGUCCAUAGUUCUGACUACAACAUGUGGAAAAACAACGAGUUUGCCAGCAAUGGUAUGCGUGACCUUGCUGAAAGAGGUGAAACAUGGACAUUAAUGAAGGAAAUAGAAGCAGCUGGAGAAAAAAUCCAAAGUGUCCAUGGAAUCUUCUCUGCUCCUGCGGUUUCCUCUGGUACCGGUCAAGCCUCCACCGAAUUUGAGGUGCAUUCAAGACACCCCCUUGUUUCUUUUGCAGUAAGAAUUGUGCCCAGCCCUGACUGGUUUGUGGGCAUUGACAGCUUAAACCUGUGCGAAAAAGAUCACUGGAAGGAGCAAGUCUUGUUGGAGCUUUCCCCACACGAUGCUGGGACUGACAGCGGCUUCACAUUUUCCUCACCCAACUUUGCUACUAUCCCACAGGAGCCUGUUACAGAGAUCACUUGUUCUUCUCCAAGUCACCCAGCAAACUCGUUUUAUUAUCCCAAACUUAAAAAUUUACCACCUAUUGCUCGAGUAACCAUGAUAAAACUUAAAAGAAGCAAAUUGGGUUUUCCUGUUCCUCAGUCCAAUAUGACUCCAGUAGAUAAUGAAAUAGAAGAUACAAUCUCAGAAACUCCCUUGGACUGUGAAACAUCUCUCUGGUCCUCCUGGGGCCUUUGUCGAGGCACGUGCGGACAUUUGGGAAUGAAAAGCAGAACUCGCUACAUACAUCUCCAUCCUGCCAACAAUGGAACACCCUGUCCGAACUUGAAUGAAGAAACAGAAUGUGAGCCGGACAACUGUAUCUGAGAUAGCUUUUUAAAAUGUUAUUGAGAUAAUUUAAAUGUCAGACAUCUUUAGUUAAUCUAUUUUAUGUCAAUAAUAUGUUUUAGAGUUUAAAAUAUUUGUAAUAUUUUGAUGAAAAGCAUCACAUAAUUUGAUACUGAAUUAUGUUUGCAAUCUACAAGUAAAACCA